ACAUCACAAAAAAGGCAAACUCCUUGUCAUUAACACAUUUUAAUUCCCUCUUCUUUUUCUAUGUCCAUUCCCAACACAAAAUAGUAUUGGUCAGUGGUCACCCUUCCCAAUUUUUGUUUUAAUCCACUCAGCAAUGGAGGUCUGUCUCUGUUACAUCUCAAGAUCAUCAAUCACUAAAUUUGGCACUUUCGAUAUUCUGAUAGCCUUGUUGCUUUCUCUUAUGUGCUUUACGUCUACAGAUGCUUAUGAUACACUUGAUCCGAAUGGAAAUAUUACCGUCAAGUGGGAUAUUAAGUCUUGGACUCCAGAUGGAUAUCUUGCUAUUGUUACAAUAUAUAACUUGCAAAAGUAUCGUCAUAUUCAAGCACCGGGAUGGCAACUAGGUUGGACAUGGGCAAAAAAAGAAAUAAUUUGGAAUGCAGUUGGAGGUCAAGCCAUCGAGCAAGGAGAUUGUUCAAGAUUCAAAGGUAGCAUUCCUCAUUGCUGCAAAAAAGACCCAUUCAUUGUCGACUUGUUGCCAGGAACUCCGUAUAACCAGCAAAUUUCAAAUUGCUGCAAAGGUGGAGUAAUUAGCUCGUGGGUUCAAGAUCCAGAUAAAGCUAUUAGUGCAUUCCAACUCAGUGUCGGUCAUGCAGGAACAAGUAACAAGACAGUAAGGUUGCCAAAAAACUUCACCCUCGAAGCACCAGGACCUGGAUAUACAUGCGGGCCUGCAGUGAAGGGGAAACCAACCAAGUUUCUAACACCAGAUGGAAGGAGGUUCACUCAAGCUUUGAUGACAUGGAAUGUUACUUGCACAUAUUCACAAUUCCUAGCUCAGAAGACAUCCAGUUGUUGUGUCUCACUGUCCUCUUUCUACAACGACACAAUUAUAAACUGUCCGACUUGCACAUGUGGUUGCCAAAAUAACAUAACUCAACCGGGAACAUGUGUAGAGCCGGACUCACCUUAUUUAGCCUCAACACUUCUAAGUUCCGGAAAGAAUGAUUACAGUCCUUUGGUCCAAUGUACUAAACAUAUGUGUCCGAUUAGAGUUCAUUGGCAUGUUAAGACCAACUAUAAAGCUUACUGGAGGGUAAAAAUUACAAUAACAAAUUUCAACUACAGAAUGAACUAUUCCCAGUGGAAUCUUGUUGUUCAACACCCCAACUUUGAGAAUCUCACGCAGAUAUUCAGCUUUAAUUAUGAGUCACUGAUCCCGUAUGGUUCUAUUAAUGAUACUGCUAUGUUUUGGGGAAUCAAAUAUUACAAUGAUCUGCUAAUGCAGGGUGGACCUUCUGGAAAUGUGCAAUCAGAGAUCAUAUUUCAGAAGGAUAAAUCGACGUUCACCUUUGAAAAUGGCUGGGCUUUCCCUCGAAAGGUUUACUUUAAUGGUGACAAUUGUGUUAUGCCACCCCCGGAUACUUAUCCGUACCUACCAAAUGCUAGUGCCUACAGUGGGCUUACUCUAUUGCACUCUUUGGCUGCAAUUUUGAUAUCUCUUAUUCUACUAAAUUCACAUAACUUGUAAAAUUAUAAGAAAGAAA